GAAGUAUUGCAUAGAGAUGGUUUAAGAGUGAAUUAAAAAAAAGGUUAUAAAAAGAAAAGAGGGUUGGAGAGACAAAGGCGUCAGAGGUAGAAAACGAUCAUGAUUCACGUCGCAGAGAAAGUGUGUUUGUCUCAGAAUACAGAAUAGAAGAAAGAAACAUCAGAGAUAGAGAGAGAGAGAAAGAGAGAGAGAGUCUCUUGAGAUUUGCGCCUCAACCAACCAUAAUCUUCUAACUUCACUCUCCGCAUCACCAUCACCAUGAAUAAAGGCGGCCACCAUUUCUCUCUCUCUCUCUCCUCUUUCUCCAUGCACCCACUAAAUUAAUUACCGCAUUCAUUCCCUUCCAUUCUCUUACACGUUUUCUCUCUCUCUUUUUUUUUUUAAUACUUUUUCAUUCUCUUCUUCAACUUUCUUACUAAUACACCACCUUCAACUACUCUCUCGCUUUCUUCUAUUCCAAUAGCUUACUUCAGAUUAAACGCGGACCUACCUUGUCGUUUUCAGGAGAGAAAGAAAAAAACGAAAAUGAAGUUUAUGAAGUUAGGUUCCAAGCCUGAUUCACUUCAAUCUGAUGGAAAAUUUGUCAGGUACAUAUCAUCUGAAUUAGCUACAGAUAUUAUCAUAACUGUUGGUGAAGUUAAGUUUGACCUUCACAAGUUUCCUUUACUGUUGAAGAGCAAUCGCUUACAGAAGUUGGUGUCGAAGGCUAAUGAAGAUAAUUCAGAUGAAAUUUACUUGGAUGAUUUCCCUGGUGGUCCCAAGGCCUUUGAAAUAUGUGCGAAGUUCUGCUAUGGAAUGACUGUUACUUUAAAUGCUUACAAUGUCGUGGCUGCUCGAUGUGCAUCCGAGUACCUUGAGAUGACCGAGGAUGUCGAUAGAGGAAACUUGAUUUUUAAAAUUGAUGUGUUUCUUACUUCGAGUAUCUUUCGUAGCUGGAAGGAUUCUAUCAUUGUUCUCCAAACUGCUAAAUCUCUUCUUCCAUGGUCCGAGGAUCUAAAGAUCAUUGGGAGAUGCAUAGAUUCCAUAGCUUCUAAAACUUCUGUGGACCCGAUGAACAUCACUUGGUCUUACACUUACAACCGGAAAUUAACACAAGCUGAUAAAAUUGCCGAGGACAAGAUAUCAUUGAAAGAGAAGAUUGAGCCUGUUCCGAAGGAUUGGUGGGUUGAAGAUAUAUGCGAGCUGGAUAUUGAUCUUUAUAAACGCGUAAUGAUUACUGUUAAAUCAAAGGGAAGAAUGGACAGUGUUGUGAUUGGUGAGGCGCUGAAAACCUAUGCAGUUAGAUGGUUGCCUGAUUCUGUCGAUGCAUUGGUUUCCGAUGCUCAUGCCAGGAGAAACAAAUCUCUGGUAGAAACAAUUGUUUGUUUAUUGCCGUGUGAUAACGGUGUCGGCUGUUCUUGCAGUUUCUUGAUGAAACUAUUGAAAGUGGCCAUACUAGUUGAAGCCGAUGAAUCAUCCAGAGAAGAAUUAAUCAAGAGCAUUAGCCUAAAAUUGUAUGAGGCUUCUGUCAAAGAUUUACUGAUUCCAGCAAGGUCUCCUCAGGUUACAAUUUAUGAUAUUGAUUUGGUGCAAGAUCUUUUGAAUCGGUACAUGACUAAUGAAAAGAAAAUCCGCGAUAUGGAUGUUGUGGACAAGAAAGAUAAAGUAUUUGGUGAAUCUAUUUUAGGCAAUAGGGCGAUAUUGAAUGUUGGCAAGUUGGUGGAUAGUUAUCUUGGCGAAAUCGCACAUGAUUCGAAUCUCAGCCUCUCUAGUUUUGUUGAUUUGUCACAGUCAAUUCCUGAGUUUGCUAGGCCAAAUCAUGAUGGACUGUACCGAGCUAUCAACAUCUACUUGAAGGAGCACCCAAGUUUGACAAAAUCUGAAAAGAAGAAUGUUUGCGGUCUAAUGGAUGUCAAGAAACUGACUGCGGAUGCGUCAGCGCACGCUGCACAGAACGAACAUCUACCCCUUAGAGUUGUAGUGCAGGUUCUGUAUUUUGAACAGGUUAGUGCCGCAGCCAGCAACCGAGCAUUUGCCAACAGUCUACGCGAUCCUCCGCGUGCACUGAUUAAUGGAGACGAUGAGUGUGAGAGAUCUUUAGGAAAAAGCUGCCAUUCUCUCAACGGCCAAAUGAGUCACUUGAAGAUUAAAGAUGAUGAGUUUCGUAGGAGUGUGAAAUUGAAUAAGAAGAGUAGCAAAAACAGCAGAAGUGGCGUGCAGUUGCUUCCGUCUCGGUCAAGACGAAUAUUUGAUAAGUUAUGGAAUGUUGGUAAAGGACAAGGAGGGAAUAGGAGCCCGGAGACUUCAGGGAGUUCUAAUAGCCCGACUUCGGUAGUUGCCGGAGAUACCAAAUCUUCUGGUUCAUCGUUAAGACACCGACGAUAUUCUAUCUCUUAGGGAAUUAUGUAAAAUCAUUUGGAAGGUGAAGAAUAUUGAAGUUGCUUUGAAGUGUAAAGUGGUAGGAUGUUUAAUCUUGUGUUUGCAAUGCAUGCAUGCAUGUAAUGAUUACUAAUCAUGAUUAUGGUCUCACUAGCAUGUAGUGACAUUUUUGUGCCUUGUGUAUGUGGUUUCUUUCGCUAGUGUAAGAUCUUACAUCCCAAGUAAUCAUGAAAUUGGUAGGGAUCCUUAGAUUUUAUUCCAUGCUAAACUUUUUCAAUGACUGAAUUUAAAUCCAAGCCAAGUCACAAGUUCAAGUAAUGAUUUAUCUUGGUUUUGGG